GGGGACGGGCCGCUCUCUGACAAGAUCUGCUUUCUUGUUCCUGCAGGGACAUGCGCGCUUUGUUGGCGGAGCAAAACCAGAAGAUGCAGCUUCUUCUGGAGGAGGUGGCUCAGCUGAGGGCGGAGAUCAGCAGUGCCAAGAAGCGUUCCCAGGAAGGUCAGGAAGUGAACCAGGCAGCGUCCAAGAUGGCUUUGGAAGUCUAUGUCGAGAUGUCUGACUGGGCCCUGAAAAGCUCUGGUGCCACCAUCGACAUGCAGAGAACUUCCGAGACCUACAGCUGCAAAGAGAACUGGGGCUGCAGGGUUUUAUGGUUCUUUCGCCCUGCCAACCCUCCUGAUGCUAUCUUGCAGCCGGAUCUUUCCCCAGGAGACUGCUGGCCUUUCCAAGGGCCUCAGGGCCAGGUGGUCAUCAGGUUGCCAGCACGAGUCCACCUGGCCGGCCGUCACGAUGCAGCACAUCUACAAAGACGUGUCUCCAUCUGGGACCGUCGCCAGCGCCCCCAGAGACGUCGCUGUCUUUGGAGUGGAUGCGGACGGAGAAGAGGAAACUCUCCUUGGGACGUUCACGUACAACGUGGCAAAAGAGGCCAUUCAGACCUUCCCUCUGAAGGACAUCAAACUUCUCGUGAAGAGCAACUGGGGAAACCCAGCGUACACCUGCAUUUAUCGAGUGCAGGUUCACGGGAAGAUGGCAGCCGCAACCCGAGAAGAAAAAGCAGGACAAACGUAAAAAAACAGAAGGCAGACGGGGGCGGGGGGGAAAUAAAACAAAGUAAGAAGAUGUGGCAACUGAGAUCGGUGUAGAAGGCCUGUCUCCAAAGUGGGGUGCGCAAGAAGGUCCCUUGGGGGGCGGGCGGGAGGGAGUGCGUGGAAAAGGUCAGAACUUGAUUGUUUCCUAAAACAGAGGACGAUAUUGGGCAUUCCCAAGAUUUAACCCAGCGAGGAGGCUCCGCAAGGGGCACCAGCCUCGGGCAGGCAGAAGGACCCGGCUUCCGUUAAGAGCAGGGCAACUGCCACCCGCCCCCAGAGCCGGCUCUGCAGGAGCUCUCCCAGGAGCCCGCCCACCCUCCUCCGGGCUUCUCGGCCAAUGGCGCCCGCCAGGCGGUGACAGGCAGGG